UGGAACCUCUUCUAUAGAAGAGGUUAGAACUGGCAGGAACCCACCCCUGAUAUAGACUGAGCGGCAUGGAAAUGCUUCAAAAUGAUUUAAAUCUCAAAUUGAAAGUAACAAUGUCGUGUUCAUUUUUUAUGAAUCACAAAUUUAAUGUGCCUGUCCUUUGUUCUCUAUUUUUGUAGUCUAGAGGAACAUGGAUACAUUUACUUUUGUAGGGACUCAGCUUCCUUGUCACUUUUUAACUUUGCUUUUCCUGUUUCACAAGGUGUCCUCCAAGCUUUAUUCUUUACCAAUCCCCAGCACGCUAGUGUCCUUGAGGCUGGAUUUCCUUCGGAUUGUCUGUAGCCAUGAGCAUUAUGUUACUCUGAAUUUACCAUGUAGUUUGCUAACACCGCCUGCCUCUCCUUCUCCUUCGGUGUCAUCAGCAACAUCACAGAGUUCUGGCUUCUCAACAAAUGUCCAGGAUCAGAAGAUCGCAAAUAUGUUUGAGUUUUCCGUUCCUUUUCGUCAACAGCAUUAUUUGGCAGGACUGGUGCUUACUGAACUAGCUGUCAUUCUAGAUCCUGAAGCAGAUAGGUAAAUUUUAAAAUUGGUUCCAAUCGACUAUAAUAAUUUUUUUUUUAAAAUCCUCUCAUAUUAGCCUUCAAAUGUAUUGUCACAGGAUUGUGAAAGAAUGUAUUUCUUCUCAAGUCCUUGUUCCUUUCACACUCAACCACUCUUUAAAUUUGCUUAGAUAGUUGUACAGAUAGUCCUCAAUUUACAUAGGUUCAUUUAGUGACUGUUCAAAGUUACAACGGCACUGAAAAAAAUGACAUGAUUAUUUUUCUCACUUACAACCGUGGC